GGUUUUGCCAUGGCAGCAAAGGGAAAAUCAGGCACAGUAGCCAAAGGAACUGGUUUCUGGCACUCACCCCAAACCAACUACACCCCAGAAACCUGUCAGCUGCUGAAAGUGAUGAUGGAGGAGUCCAAACUCACCAACUUCCAGCAGCGCCAACUCAUGGAUUCUAUGAAAAGAGGUGAGGCACUGCCUACUCGGUGCAACCCGAUAUCUACCCAGAAGCCAGCAUCCAAGAGAAUCAGCAGUUUCUGCCUGCCCCCCAUCUUGGCACCAAGGCCACACCUCCGCCCAGCUGAACUCUGUCAGGCCAGUGAGGCCUACACCCGAGAGCAGUUCAAACCGAGACCUUGUAAAGAUAUAGAGAAAGAGAAAGAGAGACUCCAAGACAUAUUUGCCAAUGGAAAGGAUGCCAUUGAGAAGAGGAAAAAAAAGCAGUCUGUUCGGCAGAUUGAGCCUCCAUCCUCGGACCCAGAGCCAGAUAGAUUUGAAGAAUUGGUGAAGGAAGUCCGAGAGAGGCAGGAGUUCCUGGCUGAAAUGCAGGCACUAGGACAGGGCAAACAGUACCGAGGGAUCAUCCUCACUGAGAUCUCACAGAAACUGCGGGAGAUGGAAGAUAUUGACCAAAAGAGAAGUGAUGAGCUUCAGAAGGCACUGGCCAAAACUCCAUAAGGAGCAAACACUGUGACAGGGCAGGGGCAGGGACCCAGAGGCUGGUCACUGGUGACUCGUCUCUUUGUAGCACUGAGGUCACCCUUCUGCUGCAGCCCAGGACCCUGGUAUCCUGGAAGACAAGCAGCUGGUGGGGAUAUACAGAUUCUCCUCUUCAGGAAUGGCUGACCAGCUGGCCAGAGAGCCUAUGAGACAUCCAUUCCCCUGCCCAGACCCGCCAUGCGUGGCCUGUGCCGAAAGAAGCCCCCCCCACCUUAAUAAGACCUAGGCAUUAGGGCAGCCUCACCCCCUUGGCCCUAGGCUCCCAAGAAGCUUUGGAGGGUCUCUCCACAACUCCUUCUAUUGCCUACCCCAAGCCCUCAGGCCCUUUCCUCCCAGUGUUAGCUUGGGGAAAAAAAACCAACUACUUUGUCUCACCUCCUUUGGACCCUCCCUCUGACAUCUCCCAGCCGUGAGCUAGGGUUACUUUAGCCCCAAGGAUGGAAAGACCAAUAAAACUGUUGGUUCAAAUCUUGGGGAAACAGUACCUUUGUUUUUGAAGGGGGAAAACCUUGUGUUAGUGUUAGUGGGUUGGAAUUUUGGAAUCCCACCUGCUUGGGAGGUGGGAGUUCAUUAAGAAUUGAUCCACUGUGGCAAACGUUUUUCAUACCUGACAAUG